GGAGCGUGGCCCAGGCUGGGCAGAGUCCGGCCGAAGCGCUGCAGCUGGAGGCAUGGCAACCCUCUGCGGAGAGCGGAUCCACCGGGAGGUGCAGGAUUACUAUGGCAAAGAGCUGCAGAAGUCGGAGGACCUGAAAACCAAUGCCUGCGUUACCUUGGCCAGGCCUCUUCCUAAGGCGGUGAGAGAUGCUUUGGAGCGUGUCCAUGAGGAGGUGGUGGCCAGGUACUACGGCUGUGGUCUGGUGAUCCCCGAGUGCCUGGCAUCAUGCCGGAUCCUGGACCUGGGCAGCGGCAGUGGCAGAGACUGCUACCUGCUGAGCCAGCUGGUUGGGGAGCAGGGCCACGUCACCGGGAUAGACAUGACCGAGGGCCAGGUCAAGGUGGCGAAGAAGCACAUUGCCUACCACAUGGACAAGUUCGGCUACCGAAAGCCAAAUGUUGAGUUCCUGCAGGGCUACAUGGAGAAGCUGGGUGAUGCUGGGCUGGCUGAUGAGAGCUACGAUAUUGUUAUCUCCAACUGCGUGAUCAACCUUGUCCCCAACAAGAAGGCCGUGCUGCAGGAGGCCUACCGUGUGCUGAAGCCUGGAGGAGAGAUGUACUUCAGUGAUGUCUAUGCUAGCCAGCGCCUGAGUGAGACUGUCCGGAAGCACAGGGUUCUGUGGGGGGAGUGCCUGGCAGGAGCUCUGUACUGGAGAGACCUGUACAGCAUUGCCGAGGAGGUGGGGUUUACCCCCCCGUGCCUGGUCUCCGCCAGUCCCAUCACCAUCGGUGACAAGGAGCUGGAGAGCUUCAUUGGUGACUGCCACUUCGUCUCUGCGACUUUCCGCCUGUUCAAGGUGCCGGGUAGCAGCCAGACUGGGCCCAGUCAGGUCAUCUACAACGGCGGGAUCGUGGGGCAUGAGCAAGAGCUGGUGUUUGACGCCAAUUUCACCUUCAAGCAAGGAGAGGUGGUGGAUGUGGAUGCUGAGAUGGCUGCAAUCUUGCGGAGCUCCAGGUUUGCGGAGGAGUUCCUGAUCCGACCUGGUGGGGCCUACGCUGGUGCUGGUGCACCGCAGGGCAGCUGUUGCAAGGGGGUGAAGGAGAAGAUCUGCGAUCCCUUCCAGCUGCUGGAGCUGCUCGCAGCCCCAGGUCCUGCCUGCCAUCCUGGUGGCACCUGUGGUCCCCUGGGGUGCUGCUGAAUGGUGAGCAGUGCCACUGGCAGCACAGGAAGAUGUGGCCCCAGUGGCAUGUCGUUUCCACUUGAGAUCAAAUAAAUGGCUGAACGCGAA